AUGCAAAGCUCCGUCAGUUGCCGGCAGGGCCAUGCCAAGCCAGUGGUGGCUGCCGCGAAUCCGCCUCCAAAUGGAGGCUUGAGGGCCUGGCUGCAAGUCCUGGGCGCCUUCAUUCUAUUCUUCAAUACAUGGGGCCUCGUCAACAGUUUUGGCGUCUUUCAGACAUUCUACACCACCAAUCUGCUCCGCGACGUUUCCGAGUCAGAUAUAUCCUGGAUCGGCUCCAUCCAAGCAUUCCUGUUGCUUAUCGUUGGUGUCGUGACCGGGCCUCUCUUUGAUGCUGGAUACUUUUACCACCUGCUCUGCGGCGGAGGAUUCCUCAUCAUCUUCGGCCAGUACAUGACCAGCCUCUGUACAACAUACUGGCAGGUCAUGCUCGCGCAGGGCCUUGUCAUCGGUCUUGGCUGCGGGUGUCUCUUCGUACCCAGCGUUGCCAUUGUCUCGACUUAUUUCACGAGUCGGAAAUCUCUAGCGACAGGGAUCGCAGCCAGCGGCAGCAGCAUCGGCGGCAUUAUAUACCCAGUCGUUUUUGCGAAACUCGAGCCACGUCUAGGCUUCCGAGAUGCCACAAUCGUCGUGGCAUCGAUAAUGCUGGCAACAAUGCUCGUUUGUAUAGCAGUCAUGCGCGUACGCGUCCUGCCACCCCAAAAGCGACGCCUACUAGACCUGAGCGCUUUCCGCGAGGUGCCAUAUACAGCGUUCAGUUUCGCCGAGUUUCUGGGUUUCAUGGGCAUGUACAUCCCGUUCUUCUACAUCCAGAGUUUUGCCUCGGCGCAGCAGAUCACAGGCUCAAGUCUGGCGUUUUGGAUGCUACCAAUUAUGAACGCCGCGUCUUCAUUCGGGAGAAUCAUUCCGAAUUUCUUCGCAGAUAAGACUGGUCCUCUCAAUAUGCUGAUACCCACUUCCGCGCUGGCGGCCGUCCUGGCAUUCUGCUGGAUUGCGGUCGAUGGCCUCGCUGGACUGCUGGUAUUCUGUAUCAUGUACGGCCUGUUUUCGGGCACUUUCGUCUCUCUCCCUCCGACUACUGUGGUCAGCCUCUCGCCAAGCUUAUCGGUCGUGGGCACGAGGAUGGGCAUGAGCUUCUCUUUCGCGGCAUUUGGCGUGCUGGUUGGCAAUCCUGUUGCUGGCGCGAUCCUCACUUCGCGAGGCUGGCUUGGUCUUCAGCUAUUCUGUGCUUGCUCUGUGGUGGCAGCUGCAAGUGUCUGUGUGGUUGCGCGUUUUGCCAAAGCACCCGGCCUGUUCGAAAAAGCAUGA